AUGGAUUUGAUAGAUUUUUCACCAGCUACACAGCUACAAGAAUACAAAUCACGGACUCAGUCAAGUUAUGAUUUACAAGACUAUGUUGAUUAUGGUGAAGUUAAAACAUCUGGAUUUCAUUCGGAAUAUGCAAGACGAGAAGCAGAAAUCAAUGACUUUUCAGAUUCUGACACACCUUCUGAUGAAUGUUUGCUUAAACCUGAGCCUGAGGAAGUCAAACGUCCCAAUGAGCACAUUGAAAAACGUGAUGAUUCACGUAACCAAAAUACACAACAGCAGACAUCAAAAUUUGGAUGGCAGCAAGGACCCAACCAGCACGAACCUAGAUCAGAAAGGCCAGUCCCAGUCCCAAGACGUCAUCAACAGGUAGAAUCACAUAUACUUUCACCAGAAAUCCGACGCAGAAUACCUUCACCUGAAAUCCGUCGCAGAAUACCUUCACCAGAAAUUCGACGCAGAAUACCUUCACCUGAAAUCCGUCGCAGAAUACCUUCACCAGAAAUUCGACGCAGAAUACCUUCACCUGAAAACCGUCGCAGAAUACCUUCACCAGAAAUAUUUAGGGAACCAGUAUAUUCAUUGAGAACACCAAACCCAACACACUCUUCUACAAUAAAGAGAAAUAUGUACCCUCCAAGACCUUUUUUAAGUUAUGAGGAGUCACCGCAAUUAUUACCUAAAGCGAAACCAAAAUCAAAGAACCUAGAAAUACCAAAAGGACUGAAGUAUGAUGGUUCAUCAAGUUGGAAAACUUUUUACACCAAGUUUCAGAGGGAUGCUGAUCGUUUAUCGUGGACUACCACGGAACGAAAAGAUCAACUUUGUUGGUGUUUACAUGGUAAAGCAGGUGAUUACUAUGCAAAUUUACUGGAUAGAGACCAAGGUGUGGAUUACUUUGAAUUAAUUCACAAAUUAGAGAAAAGGUUUAAUUUUCAAGAUUUACCAGAGACUUUGCAAGUUCAGUUUAUGAGUGCACGACAAAAUACAAAUGAGAAAUUAGAAGGUUGGGCAGACCGAGUUCUCUCGUUAGCCUGUAAAGCCUUUAGAAAUCUUCCCGACAGUUAUAUGUAUACACAAGCUAUCUGGAAAAUAUUCCAGGGAUGCUCAGAUAAAGAAGUUGGUCAACAUGGAGCCACAGCCAGACCAAAAUCUGUUGAAGCAGUAAUUGACCAGAUAAAAUGGUUCCAACAUAACCACACAGCUAUAUUUGGUAAACCAACCGGUAGACGUGACCCAACACCAACUCAGGAUGAACCAAGUGAUUAUGAUAGCGACCUAGCUGUUCACGCCAUUGGUAAGACAGACACAAAGUCUGAAUUGUCUAAACAAAUGGAAACAUUGCUAGAGAAGAUGACUGCUAUGGAAGCAUUUCAUAAACAGGAAAAAGGAGACCUUAAACAGCAGCUUCAAAAACAACAGCAGGCAAAACAGUUUCCUGCACAAAAUGAAGUCCAGCCAGCAACCCAACCAUUCAGCAAACAAAAUCAAGGAUUUUUUUACAGAAGUAAAAUAUCAUUAUCAAGAACAAAUGGGUAUUUUGGUCCAGCUCCAUCAUCAUAUCCUAUUUGGCUUGACGAUGUGACAUGUGCUGGAAAUGAAAACAGUUUGCUUAAUUGUCAACACAAAGAUUUUGGUCGACAGAACUGUAAACACAAUGAAGAUGUUGGUGUAGAUUGUGAUGCAGCUCGUGAUGCAAAUUUACAACUAAGAUUACGUGAUGGUACAAAAUCAAGUGAGGGUCGUGUUGAGGUUUUUUACAACAACACAUGGGGGACAAUAUGUGAUGAUGAGUUUGACAACAAUGCUGCUAAAAUUGUUUGUGCUGCCAUUGGUUAUACAUCAAAUACUGUUGCCAUUCCAAUCAGCAGUUCCUUUUUUGGGAAUGCCUCUAAUCUUCCUAUAUGGUUAGAUGAUGUCAAGUGUACAGGAAAUGAACCAGGACUUGGGGCAUGUAGUCACAAACCUUGGGGAACAAACAACUGUGACCAUGGGGAAGAUGUAGGGGUAUUUUGUUUACAAGGAGCUACUGCACAGCCAGCAAAUGUACGGGUUCGACUAGCUGGUGGUAGAAAUAGAUAUGAAGGCAGGGUAGAGAUAUAUGUAUACAACAGAUGGGGAACGAUAUGUGAUGACUCAUUUGAUGCCCGAGAAGCCAGAGUAGUCUGUAAAAUGCUAGGAUUUAACAGAGGAGGUUCAGUUAUUAAAGGGAGAACUUUUGGUGGAAGGAAAGGUCCUAUUUGGUUAGAUGACAUGGAAUGUCAGGGUAAUGAAUCCAGUCUACUGAGCUGUAUACAUAAACCAUGGGGUGUAAAUAAUUGUGGACAUGAUGAAGAUGUGGCAGUUAUGUGUAAUUCAAAUACUCCUCCCACUAUAAGCGUCAGAUUAGCUGGAGGUCCAACAAGCCAGGAAGGACGUGUAGAAAUACAGUAUAAUGGUAUCUGGGGGACUGUUUGUGAUGAUCAUUUUGAUAAUUCAGCUGCUGCAGUUGUGUGUCGAAUGUUACAUUUACCAUUCUCCGGAGCUGUUGGAUAUUCUCAUUCACCAUACGGCCUGGGGACAGGACAGAUCUUGUUGGAUGAUGUACAUUGUAUAGGAACAGAAAUGACCAUGCUUAAUUGUAAUCAUUCUGCAAUCCGUACCAGUAACUGUCAGCAUACAGAAGAUGUAGGAGUUAAAUGUCAAACUAACAGUGCCAGUGUAAACGUACGUCUACGAGGUGGACCAGGAACCUAUGCAGGAAGAGUGGAGGUCUUUUACAAUAAUACAUGGGGAACCAUUUGUGAUGACGCCUUUGGUACCAAAGAAGCUCAAGUCAUUUGUACUCAACUAGGUCUAAAUGGUACAAAUGCAAUUGCCAAAGGAAGUUCAUUUUAUGGACGUGGAACAGGUCCUAUUCAGUUAGAUGAUUUGUCUUGUCAGGGAACUGAGAAAAACUUAGCCUUGUGUGGACAUCGAGGAUGGGGAAAGAGUAACUGUGAUCAUACAGAAGAUGCUUCAGUUGUUUGUAUAGCUUCAGCACCUAGUGGAACUACCAAUACCACUUUACGUUUGGUUGGUGGAACAACAUCAUCAUCAGGACGAUUAGAAAUUAAUUAUCAGGGAUCCUGGGGCACUGUUUGUGAUGAUUUGUUUGACAACUUUGCAGCACAGGUAGUCUGCAGGGAACUUGGAUUGCCUUGGCAAGGUGCUCAAGUACGUCCUAAAGGUUUCUUUGGAGCAGGAACUGGACAGAUAGUAUUAGAUAAUGUUAAAUGUAAUGGUAAUGAAACAGAUAUUGCAUUGUGUAAACAUAAUCCAUGGGGACAGAACAAUUGUGGUCACACAGAAGAUGUUGGUGUGAUUUGUGGAACAUUAAAACGAUUAAGAGUUCGACUUGUGAAUGGUACAUCUUCAGCCAAUGGUCGUGUUGAAGUCUUCUAUAAUAGUACUUGGGGAACAAUAUGUGACGAUUCAUUCUCUAAUCAAGCUGCUAGUGUUGUUUGCUCAAUGUUAGGAUUCAGAAGAGAUUCAGCUUUAUCAGUAGCAGGUUCAUCCUAUGGUGGUGGACCUGGUCCAAUAUUGUUAGAUGAUCUACAGUGUACAGGAACAGAGAGAAGUAUCAUACAAUGUCGCAACAAAGGAUGGUAUAUAAACAACUGUGAUCAUACAGAAGAUGUUGGUGUUGUUUGUAAUUCCAGACAACCACAGCUAAGAUUGACAAAUGGUCCAAAUAGAUUCCAAGGUCGAGUGGAGAUAAAUAUUGGUGGUAGAUGGGGUACUGUAUGUGAUGACAAAUUUGACCAGAAUGCUGCAUCUGUAGUCUGCAGAAGUCUAAACCUUCCAAGUCAGAAUGCAUUACCUGUAACAGCUGCAGGUUUUGGACAAGGAACGGGAAAUAUUUACUUGGAUGAAGUAACAUGUAUGGGAAAUGAGUCCACCAUAUUACAGUGUAAAACAAAUGCCAUUGGUGACACUGACUGUGAUCAUACAGAAGAUGUAGGUGUUAUCUGUCGUAAUACACCAGCUUCAAAGAAUAUUCAGCUCCGUCUGACAGGAGGAAACUCAACUAAUGCUGGAUUAUUGCAAGUUAACUAUGGGGGUAAAUGGGGGACUGUAUGUGAUGAUGAUUUUAACAGUACUGCUGCCAAAGUGGUGUGUAAUCAAUUAGGAGUCCAGUUUGUACAGGCAGUUGCAGUAUCUGGUUCCAAAUAUUCCUCGUCGAAUUUCCAGGGACCUAUAUGGUUAGAUAGUGUUCAUUGUGGUGGUACAGAAAGCUCUCUAGCUAACUGUGGACAUGACCCUUGGGGUGUCAGUGACUGUGACCAUUCAGAAGAUGUCGGUAUUAUUUGUGAAACAGCUCAGUCACUUCAGGUACAGGUACGUCUAAGAGGACCAAAACAGACUGCAGGUAGAGUUGAAGUACUUCAUGGUGGAGUGUGGGGUACUGUUUGUGAUGAUGGAUGGGGAGUACCUGAAGCAACUGUUGUUUGUCAUAUGUUAGGCUUUUCAAAUAUGAUUGGUGUGCCAGUUGCCAACUCUUACUAUGGAAAUGGGACAGGAAAUAUCUGGAUAGAUGAUAUAGACUGUAAUGGUACAGAGACAAACUUAGGACAGUGUCAGAGGAAACCAUGGGGUCAGAAUGACUGUGACCAUUCAGAAGAUGCUUCUGUUAUAUGUAUAGUUCCAUCAAAUGCACAGACACCACCAACAGUUCGUUUGGUUGGAGGACUUACACAUGCCCAAGGCAGAGUACAAGUUAGUUACAAUGGAGUCUGGGGGGCAAUUUGUGACGAUUCUUGGGAUGACAGGGAUGCUAAAGUUGUCUGUAAAAUGUUAGGAUAUUCCAGAGGUGGAAGAGCUUUAACAGGAAUUGGAACAGGUACAGGACCAAUCUGGAUGGAUGAUGUUGAAUGUCUAGGAUCGGAGACUAACAUACAGAACUGUACCUUUAAAGGAUGGGGGGAAAAUGAUUGCGAUCAUACUGAGGAUGCUGGUGUUUACUGUUUUGAUGGGAAUAUCCAGAAUGUGACAGCUAGACUUGUAAAUGGUGGCUCUAGUAUGGAAGGUAGAGUAGAGGUGAAUUUUGGUGGACAAUGGGGGACAGUAUGUGAUGAUUUGUGGACUAACUCAGACGCUGCUGUUGUCUGUAGAAUGCUGGGAUUUUCUACUGAUGGUGCUACAGCAGUGCUAAGAGCCAAGUUUGGUCAGGGUACUGGUAAAGUUAUUAUGGAUAAUGUACAGUGUGUUGGAACAGAAACAAACCUUGGACAAUGUACAUUUAAUGGAUUUGGUAAUAAUAAUUGUGGCCACAAUGAAGAUGCAGGAGUUAGAUGUCAACCUCGAGGUCAGGUGACAACUAAUUUGAAUGUACGAUUAGUUGGAGGUAGGAGUGAUAAUGAAGGUCGUGUUGAGGUUUUCUACAACAACACAUGGGGAACAAUCUGUGAUGAUUAUUGGGACCAAAGAGAGGCUCAGGUUAUCUGUAGGAUGCUAGGAAAACCAAGUUAUGGAGCACUUGCCAAAGGAAAUGCAUUUUAUGGUGCAGGGCGUGGACAGAUUUGGCUAGACAAUGUUAACUGUGUUGGUAAUGAGACCAGUAUUGCACAAUGUGGCAGUCGUGGAUGGGGUGUCAAUAAUUGUGGACAUAGUGAGGAUGCGUCUGUCAGCUGUGCAGGAAGGUCAGCAACUUCACCAGUCAGACUUGUUGGUGGCAGUACUCGCUAUGAAGGUCGUGUGGAGGUAUAUCACAAUGGCCAAUGGGGAACAGUGUGUGAUGAUGGAGCUAAUUACCAUAUAGCCCAGGUUGUCUGUAAACAGAUCUUUGGAUAUACUAGACCAACAGUUGCAGUGAAGUCCAGGGCAUACUUUGGAGCAGGAAGAGGAAAGAUAUGGCUCGAUGAUGUGAAAUGUAGUGGAAACGAGUCAUCAUUAGAUGGGUGUGCUGCUCGACCUUGGGGACAGAGCAAUUGUGGUCGUGACGAGGACCUUGGUGUUAUCUGUAGAACACAGACCUAUCCUAUCAGACUUGUAAGUCCAGAUCAGUCACCAAACAAAGGCAGAGUGGAGAUCCUUGUGAACAGUACAUGGGGUACAGUGUGUGAUGAUAUGUUUGAUGCUAAAGCUGCCAGCAUUGUCUGUGCUAUGGCUGGAUUUAGUAGAACUGGAGCUGUUGUUAAGAGUGGUGGCACCUAUGGACAAGGUUCAGGACCAAUCUUACUGGAUGAUGUCAAAUGUGAAGGAACAGAGAGCACUAUAUUCCAAUGUUCAUCAAAACCAAUUGGAUCAAAUAACUGCCGUCAUCGGGAAGAUGUGGGUGUCAUGUGUCAGAUAGAAACAUUCCAGGUUCGUUUAACAAAUGGUAACAAUCUACAUAAUGGAAGGAUAGAAGUCCUGUAUAAUAACACAUGGGGAACAGUUUGUGAUGAUUAUUUUGAUUCUAGAGCAGCUCAUGUUGUCUGUAAAAUGCUUGGUUAUCCUUCUACUGGAGCAGUAUCUAAGUCGAGAGCUUUCUAUGGAAGGGGAACAGGACAAAUAUGGUUGGACAAUGUACGAUGUACUGGAAAUGAGACUAGUCUAUCACAGUGUCAGCAUGCUCCAAUGGGUGUAACUAACUGUCAUCAUACUGAAGAUGUUGGUGUUAUCUGUACAGGAAGCAUUCAAUCCUUAACCACCAGCAGGCCAGGGCGAAUCACUGGUGCAGUACCUACUCCCAACCCUAGUCAAGUGUAUGUUAGGCUUGUUAACGGAAAAGACUCGUUCUCAGGAAGAGUAGAAGUGUAUGCAUUUGGUUUCUGGGGAACAAUUUGUGAUGAUCAAUGGAAUGCUCGUGCUGCAGGAGUUGUGUGUGGCAUGCUGGGAUAUCAAACGACUAAUGCAAUUGCUCGUACAGGAGCAUUCUUUGGUGAGGGAACAGGACAUAUUUGGUUAGACAAUACAAACUGUACUGGUUCCGAGUCCAGUAUAACUCAAUGUAGAUCCAACGGAUGGGGACAACAUAACUGUGGUCAUAAUGAAGAUGCUGGUGUUGUCUGUUCUCAAGCAACGAUCCCAGACAACUGGUUGAUGAUAACUGAUAGUAAAAAUAAGUCUAUAUAUAGAAUGGAUUUAACUACAGGAGGUUACAUUACUAUUCCACUGAUCGGCACUGAUAACCCUAUUGCCAUCGACUAUGAUCCCCUGAAUAGGAUAGUGUAUUGGACAGAUGUAGGCAGCAAACAGAUCAGGAAAGCUAACAUUGAUAAUAGACAAGUCUCUACACUGUUACAGCUAGGCAGCAGUUCUAUUCCUGAUGGUAUAGCAGUAGACCCAAUAUCACAGCUGGUGUUUUACACUGAUACAGGAUAUGAUGUUAUUGUUGCCAUGAGAGCUGAUGGAAGUGCUAGUAGAGUUGUAGUUAGCCAAGGACUAGAUCAACCUAGGGCUAUCUGUCUUGAUACUAUAAAUGGUGUGAUGUACUGGACUGAUUGGGGUUCAAGUCCAAAGAUUGAAAAGGCAAAUUAUGAUGGUUCUAAUAGACAAAUCCUGGUAAAUUCAUCUCUUGGUUGGCCUAAUGGAUUAGCCUUAGAUACAAGUGCUGGUAAAAUAUAUUGGAUUGAUGGGAAAACUUACAAACUGGAAUCAGCAAAUUUAGAUGGAACUGGACGAACAACAUUACUAGAUGAAUCUCGAAAAUCUCCCCAUCCUCAUUAUUUUGAUCUAGCUAAAUACCAAAACACCAUUUAUUUUACUGACUGGGCAGCCAAGUCCGUAAGGACAAUUGGCCUAAGCGCUGGUACUAAUGCUGGAACAGUUGGUCCACCUACUUUUGGGAGAUUGAAUGGAUUGGCUUUCCAUAAAAAUGGUUAUGGUAUAACAGGUCAAAAUGGCUGCUCUUCUAAUUCUGGUUGUUCCCAUUUGUGUUUUCCUGGUCCUUUACAGAGUAAGAAAUGUGCUUGUCCAUCAACAUUAAGUCUUCAACCUGAUGGACUUACAUGUAGCACAGCUAAAUCAUGUCCCAGUUUUACACUACCAGAAAAUGCAAUGGUAAAUCCCAAAAACUGUUCUUCUGGACCAUCUCCUCCAGGUAGCAACUGUACAGUUGUGUGUAGGACAGGAUACAGUCUUUAUGGUCAGUCCAGAGUCACAUGUGGUUCGAAUGGACAGUGGAGUGGAAAUGUAGCAUAUUAUUUCUGUAGAGAUAUCCAGGCUCCGUUGUUGAGUUGUCCGCUAGACAUAUCAGCAGUAGCUGAUCAAGGAUCUCAGACAGCCACAGUGAAGUGGAAUCCACCAAAUCCUAUAGAUAACUCGGGUAAAGCAGUACGUGUAUCCCAGUCACUGCAGUCACCAGUAACGCUAGGAGAAGGAACUUACACAGUCAAUGUAUGGGCAUCUGAUGUUAAUGGACAAUCAGCUUCAUGUACAUUCAACAUCAUUGUAAAAAUUUUGAAAUGUCCUCAGCUGAAGGCACCAAGUAAUGGUAUUAUUGUCACACCACUCUGUCCUAACUAUUAUGGAGCUCAAUGUCAGGUGGGAUGUUUACAAGGGUACCAGUUAAUUGGUGGUUCAGGAGCUGUCGUCUGCCAAACUGAUGCUACAAACAAAGCAUUCUGGUCACCUAACAAUCUCCAGUGUCAAGCCAUGACUUGCCCUAACCCAUUAACUCCAGCUAAUGGAAAACUAAGUUGUCAGUCUCCAUAUAAAGUAAACACAGUCUGUACCCAGAGCUGUAACCCUGGAUAUCAGGCUGCAUAUGGCACAGGAAGUAGAAUGUGUACUUCCUCUGGACAGUGGACAGGACAGCUGUUAUCUUGUAUGCCUGCCAAUGGCAAUGGUUAUCCUGUUGUGAGUGGACGUCCUCCAUUAAAUCCAGCGGCAGCACACCAACAACCAGCAUCUCCAACAUCUAAUAAAUUAAAUGCUGGAGGAAUCACUGCCGGAGUGGUUGCUGGAGCUGUAGUUAUAGUUCUAAUUAUAGUGGCUGCUAUUAUCUUUCUAAAAAGAAUGUAA